UUGCCGCACCAUAUAUCAAUCCUUCACCUUCUACGAACUCAACUCCCUCUCUUCCUCCCCGCACAAAAGCAUCAAACGCACAAGAAAGCUUAGGCUCAGCUCAGUUCGCCUUGUUCGGAAGUCACCCGCAUAUACCAUGGCGGCAUCCGUAGCCUGCUCCUCCUUCUUCUUCUUCGAUGCCGAGCGGCUCGGCGAGGCCGGUAUGCCGGCGCAGGACGCGUGCGCGCUCUGCACCAAGCCGCUGGCCCGCGACAGCGACAUCUUCAUGUACAGAGGGGACACCCCGUUCUGCAGCGAAGAGUGCCGCGACGAGCAGAUGCAGCUCGACGCUGUCCGCGACAGGCAAGCCGCCCGGCGGCUGCGGCAGUACUCCUCCGGAACGGAGGCGCGGCGCGGGCACCAGGAGUCCCGGAAGGUGUCCGUCGUGAGCUGAGAGCUGACAGGCGAAGCCCGCGGCCGGCCGCGUGUAUAGGUUAGCUUGAACCAACGGGGUCUAAAGAAUCACCGAUCUGACAUUCUGACGCGAUGACAGAUGAGGGAGUUUGACUGAUCUCUCCGGUAAUCUCUUCCCGGCCCUAGAUUCAGUGAAGGAUCUCGGAAGUUCUUGUGCUGAGGCUCUGGCCAGACUCCGAUCCUUCUCUUGGCUCUCACUGGACCCCUUUUCGCCUCUUUGUGUGUGCGCUUGCUUGAGGGCUUGAGGCUCAUAUGUAAAUUGAAACCAUUUGGAAAGCUUUAUGUCUACACUUUUUUUUGCGAAA